GUGUAUUUCUCUAUGGAGGAGUGGGACACAAGGAGCUAUACAAGGACGUCAUGGUGGAGACUAAUCAGAAACCUCAGACCACUGAGAUCCCAGCGCACAAGGACUCAGGUGAUGUUAAAAUAAAAGCCGAACAAACAAUUGAACUGGGUCUAAAGAGUCAACUGGAAUCUCUGGAGCAUAAACUUAGUGACAAUAUCAGUAUAGAUCGAUCCAUCAGCUUGGAUAUUCUUAGCGAAGGCCAAAUAGCAUCUUCAUGUGCUGAAUGUGGGAAACACUUUACCCGGCUAUCACAUCUUAUUACUCAUCAGAGAUUUCACACAGGAAAAAAAGUAUUUUCAUGUUCUCAAUGUGAAAACUACUUUUCCUGUCAAUCAAGUCUUCUUAGAUAUCUGAAGAUUCAUACAGGAGAGAAACCAUUUUCCUGUUCUAUAUGUGGAAAAUGUUUUAAACGACAAUCAAAUUUGAUUUCCCAUCAAAAACUACAUUCUGGGGACAAUACAUGUUCCUGUUCUAUUUGUGGAAACUCUUUUACUCUUCAACCAAGUCUUAUUAGACAUCUGAAGAUUCAUACAGGAGAGAAACCAUUUUCCUGUUCUAUAUGUGGAAAAUGUUUUAACCAACAAUCAAAUUUGAUUUCCCAUCAAAAACUACAUUCUGGGGACAAUACAUGUUCCUGUUCUAUUUGUGGAAACUCUUUUACUCUUCAACCAAGUCUUAUUAGACAUCUGAAGAUUCAUACAGGAGAGAAACCAUUUUCCUGUUCUAUAUGUGGAAAAUGUUUUAAACGACAAUCAAAUUUGAUUUCCCAUCAAAAACUACAUUCUGGGGACAAUACAUGUUCCUGUUCUAUUUGUGGAAACUCUUUUACUCUUCAACCAAGUCUUAUUAGACAUCUGAAGAUUCAUACAGGAGAGAAACCAUUUUCCUGUUCUAUAUGGGGAAAAUGUUUUAACCAACAAUCAAAUUUGAUUUCCUAUCAAAAACUACAUUCUGGGGACAAUACAUUUUCCUGUUCUAUAUGUGGAAAAUCUUUUACUCUUCAACCAAGUCUUAUUAGACAUCUGAAGAUUCAUACAGGAGAGAAAGCAUUUUCCUGUUCUACAUGUGGGAAAUGUUUUAACCGACAAUCAAAUAUGAUUUCCCAUAAGAAAAUUCAUAUAGGACAAAAGGCAUUUUCAUGUUUAGAGUGUAAGAAACAGUUUAACCGGAAAUCACUUCUGAUUAAACAUCAUAAAAUUCAUACAGGAGAGAAAGCUUUUUCAUGUUCUAAAUGUGGGAAUGUUUUAACUGGCAUUCAAACCUAA